AUGGGGAACGGCAACGUCCCUACCAAUCCAGCCAAAGGCCGCCACCCAACGCCAGAUCAAAUUGAAGUUUCGCAGUCCAAGCGGUCUCGCAGAGACACGGAAGAAGUGCGAGAUGGAGUCUACAACAACAAUCGGAUACGGAUCAGUCGGGCAUGCGAUGAAUGUCGACGACGUAAGGAUCGCUGCGACGGUCAACGACCGUCCUGUCAGCCAUGCUCCGUCGCCAAGCGGGCGUGUAACUACAACCCAUCCAAGAAACGCGGCCUUCGAACGGGCUAUGUCAGAUCUCUGGAAAUGCUUCUCGGUUUCUUUUUCGGGACCGUUGAGGGAAGUGAGGCUUGGAUGUCUGCUAUUCUGGAAGGCAAUGCGACGAAGCCGACACUGCAGCUCCGGGCGUCGACAGAAAUCGGUCAAGAUGCCGCCGAGUUUGCUAUGCAUACGUGGAGAAAGAGCGAUGUGCUAAAAAGGCUCGAGAAUUUGCCUUCCUUGGCUGAAUCGGCAGAGGAUGAUGACGAAACUUGUGAUACCUUUGAAGGCAGGUUGGCCCAGGCCUUGGGAGGCAUUGCUGCCAUGGACAACCUGAACGGCAUCUUCGAUACGCCCAGCUUCGAAGGGCCAGCUCAAGUUCCGCUGAGCCCAAUGAAUACAGAUGCAACCUCUCCAGUCAUCAUCCCGGCAGUUCCCUCACACCACAUCGCCGUGCCACAGGAAAUAGUCCCGAGGCCGAAUACCACUACGACUUGCUCAACCGUUCCCCGCGAUGAGUUGGGGAUUACAUCGCACUCAACCAUGGAAAAACCUUCUGACGACGACCGAAUGGAUCUUCCGACGAAUUGGUCAUACCUUCUUGAUCUUCACUUUGCCAACACACACUGCUGGUUACCCAUUUCGCACAAACACGACUUGCUGCGGACAGCAUACACCCUCGCCAACAAUGCCAAUCCCCCCAAUCUCACAGACCCUUCCCAAAACGGCGACUGUGCGUUUCUCUGGGCCGCGUUGGCGUACUCGUCGCACCAAAGCGAUGCCCUAGAUGUCAUCCAAGGGCAGACUUCUCCGAAGAGAAUCUCGACGGAUUGCCUUCUGGCCACAGCGAAGCGCCUCGCUACGUGUGAAGAAGGGGCCCAUGCAAUCGGCCAUGUCCGGGCCUGGAUACUACUGGCUCUGUUAGAAAUGGCCCACAGUCACUGGAAAACUGCAUUGGUCAAAAUUGGCCAAGCUGUGUAUAUUGCAGCUGGUCUCGGUAUUCUUCCCGGCCUUCAUACCCAGACUCUUGGUCUCGAAGAGGGUGUGAAGCGAACUAUUAUGGGAUGCAUUGCCUUAGAGACCUUGAUAGCGACUAGGCUUCAUGUCAGGCCUUACUUUAUGCACUCGGACAUUCGGACACUUGGAUCCCUUCAGACAGAGGGUAUAGAAGAGUGGGAACCAUGGCAGCCACGAAUGCCACACAACCCGCAAUCCUCCAACUACGGCGCUGAAUACCGUCAUUCUCCAGGCCACGUCUUGAGCAUAUUUUCACAGUUUAUGGAAAUCAUGGAACUUCUGAACAAAUUAUUGACUCAUCCGUCUCGUCAAAGCUGUUGCCAAGAAAUUGUUCAAAGCCUUGAACAUUUAAAACCUACGAUUCCGCUGCUACGUCCAGACUCUUCAGGUACAGAGUCAUCCCCACAGCUGCUGAAUCUACACUUGGCUUUCAAUUGCGUGGAAAAAAUGAUACGAUCUGAGCAACUCCUUCUCCCAGAUAGUCAAAUCAGUCAGCCCGCGAAUGAAAGCUGGAGUAAUACACGAAAACUGGGUGAGGUGUUAAGCGAGCGAGUCCAGGGCAUCGGAUACUUUUGGAUACCCCCUUCAGUUCUUUCAUAUUUAUUCAUAUUUCGUCAAUUGCUAGAUGGAGAGAAGAAAUCCAUCUAUGAUACUUUUGGCGACGAGGAGAGAAAGGGAUUGAGCACGUCCCUCAGCGGACUGGAACAUGCAUGGCGGGAUAUCAACACAGCUGCCUCGGAUUUGACCCAUCUCAGUGCAAACGAUGGGGUUUCUCUCCUAAAGUACAAGAAACAGAACCAUCAAGACCAGGAAGCCGUAUACCUAAACAUGGACCUGGCGACAACGCCCCUCGUUGCAACCAGUUCAGCGCCUCAACUUUGCACCCAGGGAAGCAUACAACACCAGUCUGGCACACUCCAGACUGUAGAAAACACAAGUCUGGAGGCACUACACUCUACAUCAAGGCAUGGUGUGCCGUCCGAAUCACAAAUCGUGAUGAAUGAUAGAAUCCGCCCUCCCCCUCAAAGUCUGGACUUUGGCUCUUUAUCCGAUUCUCUAGUCGGAACAAUGGAUGAUGAUGGCCUCUUCGACAGUUUGGCCAAUUUAGACCCGGAAGAUUGGGUGGCGAAUCCUCCAGAGUUUAUGAGACACCUUGGCGAUCUUCGCGAUGCUCCAACUGAUCUUCAGUCAUUCUUUGAAGAGAACUGAUAUAAAGCUGGAGGAUUAUUCUUGCCUGGAGUGUGAUACUGAUAUAAGGAUGAUUGGAAUCCUAAUUUGCAUCAUACACGGCA